AAAAAAAAGAAACUAAAAAAAGAAAAAUUGUUUUUUUUUUUUUUGUGGGGCAUUUCCUAUUGGAGGAUGUCGCAGUGCAAUGGUGUUGCAAGCAACAAGAGCAACAAAAGCAACAACAACAACAACAAGCAUACCAAGUUAAUACCGUUCAUCAAUUCUGGCCACAACAACAAGUGUUUAAGCCAAAAGAGUUCGGCAUGAAAUGGAAGCAGCUAUACGCUCCACUUCAGUGCAGGUCGGUGCUCCGCCGCCCACAAACAACAACAACAACAACAACAGCAGCAGUAGUAGUAGCAACAACAACAGUAGUAGCAGCAGUAGCAGCAACAACAGCAACAUCAACAACAGCAGCAGCAGCAACUCCAGCAGCAACAACAACAACAACAAUAGCAGCAGCAACAACAGCAGUAGCAGCCACAACAAUACACCAAACGGUGCACAACAACAACAACAGCAGCAGCAUCAGCAACAUCAACAACAUCAGCAACAACAACAACAACAUCAUCAUCAAAGGGUUGCCAGCAGCAACCAGCAGCAGCUGCAACAGCAACAACAACAACAACAACAGCAGCAUGAUAAUGGUCCUGCCUCCCUACCCUUUCCAUAUUCAGUGGCUAAUCAGCAAAAUACAAAAUCAACUCAACAACAACAACAACAACAGCAGCAGCAGCAACAACAACAACAACAUCAGCAACAUCAACAACAACAGCAGCAGCAGCAACGACAACACCAAAAGCAACAACAAGCUGCCAACAUGUCCGCGUAUCAGCAACGUUUGCCAUCAGGUGCACCGUCGAUUCACAGGUCGUACAGGACCAUGGAUCAAUAUGCCAAGAUGGGGCACAUGCAACAACUACAGCAGCAGCAGCAGCAGCAACAACAGCAACAGCCACCGCCACCCACGUCCCAGAUGCAGCAGUUGCAUCAUCACCUCCACCAGCAGCAACAGCAGCAGCAGCAGCAGUCCUCGCGAUCGGCUGCGAGUCCCUUGUCGCCGCCACGUCCGGGAGCACCGCCCGGUGGCGGCAUCGGUGGCAGCAGUGGGGGCGGCAGUGGCAACAGCGGCAGCAAUAGUAGCAACGCCGGCGGCAACAGCAGCAACAGCAGCGGCAGUGCCGGCGGCAGCAACAGCAGCAGCAGCAGCAACAAUGCAGCCGUGGCAGCAGCGGCGGCAUCAGCGGCAGCAGCAGCGGCGGGCAUCAACAACAGUUAUCUGCCGCCGUCGCCGCAGCAUCACCAGCAGCAUCGUUUAUUCCAGCAGGCGCCCUACAGUAUGCCCACGGCGUCCAGCUACCGUGAUCCUUCCUAUCCUUCCCGGCUCAGCCAGCUCCAGCAGCAGGCGGCGGCGCAGCAGCAGCAGCAGCAACAACAACAACAGCAGCAGCAGGCGGUGCAGCUGCAGCAACAGGCGGCGGCAGCAGCAGCAGCCGCAGCCGAAGUGGCCCACAUGCCGGAGUAUCACCGGGGCCUGGCACGGGCGACGGUCCAACAACAGUCGCAGGGCGGCAAGUCCGCCAACGGAAGCAGCAGCGGCAGCGGUCCUCCUAGUGGCAGUUCUGGCGGCCCGGGCAGCGGAGGCGGCAGCGGCGGUGGCGGUGGCAGUGGCGGCGGUGGUGGUGGUGUUCCCCCACCAGGCAGCGGUGUGGUCCAAGUGUCACAAUCCGGCGGUGUCCUGGUCAUGGAAGCGAUGCCCCACUAUGCCAGCCAGUCCAACAGCACGUCCUUCCAGCAGCAGCAGCAGCCAGGAGUUUCCGGACCUUCGGGCGGACCAUCUGCUGGCGGCAGCAUAAUGGUGAACAGCAUGAGGAGCAUCCUGAUGCCGCACUCGCAGUACAGCAGCGACCUCCUCUUGAAUGCGGUGGCAGUGGCCGCCACCGGUGGCUCCCAGCGCCAGCAGCACCAGCUCCAGCAGCAGCAGCAACAGCAUCCGCCCGAGCCCUUUGGCGGUGUCGGCGGUGGCGGACAGCAGCCGUACAAGAAGCAACGACUGAGCGAGACGAACGCCAGCAACAUGAAUCACCUGCCUCCACACCCGCAACAGCAGCAGCAGCAGCAGCCACAGCAACAGCAUCCUGCCCACCAGCAACAUCAGCGAUCCUCGCCAGCCCAGCAGCAGCAGCAGCAGCAGCAGCUGAACAGCAGCCGGCAGAGUCACAACGAUCUGGGCAGACAUGUGCAGACCACUCCCCUGGGCAUGCAGCUCAAGGUGGAGACCCUGCCCCCGCAGCAGCAGCAACAACAUCAUCAGCAACACCAGCAGCACCAGCAACAGCAGCAACAUGCCGCCGCCCAGCAGGCCCAGAAUCGGUCCCAGGCGGCGGUCAGCAGCUUGUCCGGAUUACCGGCUGGUUCUGUAACCGUUUCCACGGCGCGAUCUUCAGCGGUGGCCACGUCGGCGUCGAAUAGUGGCAGCAAUGCCUCUGGCGGCAGUAGCAGCGGAGCUGGAGUGGCCAGUACCGAGGCCUACCAUCCGCAGGUGGAGGCCAUAUCACCGACCCUGCCCAGCGACAGUGCCAUCGAGGAGCGCGGCCGGAGCAGCGCCAAGGAGGAUCUACUGAUGCAGAUCCAGAAAGUGGACAACGAGAUCAAGACGGUGGAAACGGCCAAGGAGACGCUCCGGAAAAAGGAGAAGACACUGAUGGAGGAGGCAUCGCUGGCCAAGCAGCAGAAGACCGCCAAGGAGCUGGCCGAGGCGAGUGCCGCCAAUGCCAAUCCCGAUGAGGAGGCGGUCGAGAUUGUGUGGCGCAACCAGAUGCUGGCCAAGAAGAUCUAUGCCGCCAAUCGGAAGACGGCUAAUGCUCAACAUUCCAUGCUCUCCCGUUUCCUAUCCAUAUCUCUAAUGGGCAACAACAACAACAACAAUAGCAGCAGCAAUAACAACAACAACAAUAAUAAUACUACUAGCAACAACAACAACAACAACAUUAAUAUGCACAACAACAAUCUAAAGCCAUGGCUACCGCUAUAUAACCAGCCCCUGGACGUGGGCGCCCUCACCGUCCUCAUCCAGCAGCACCAGAGUCUGGUGCGCGGCCCCCUGCUGCUGCACAUCCGGAAGCUGAAGGCGGAGAGGUGGGCACACAACCAGUCCCUGGUGGAGAAGUACGCCAAGGAGCAGGCCGACUGGCAGCGACGGUGCGAACGGGCGGAGGGCAGUGCCAAGCGGAAGGCGCGCGAGGCCAAGAAUCGGGAGUUCUUCGAGAAGGUGUUCACGGAGCUGAGGAAACAGCGCGAGGACAAGGAGCGCUUCAAUCGGGUGGGAUCGCGCAUCAAGUCCGAGGCCGAUCUCGAGGAGAUCAUGGACGGUCUGCAGGAGCAGGCGCUGGAGGACAAGAAGAUGCGCUCGUAUGCCGUGAUACCGCCACUGAUGCACGAUGCCCGCCAGCGGCGAUGUGCCUACCACAACGAGAACGGGAGGAUCGAGGAUAUGCUGGCGGUGCACCAGCAACGGAAGGCCCUGAACAUGUGGACGGCCGGCGAGAAGGAGACGUUCAAGGAGAAGUAUCUGCAGCAUCCGAAGAACUUUGGAGCGAUUGCGGCCAGUCUGGAUAGGAAGUCGCCGCAGGAUUGCGUCCGCUACUACUACCUCAGCAAGAAGACGGAGAACUACAAGCAGUUGCUCCGCAAGUCCCGCCAGCGCACCCGCAGCUCCCGCAAUCCCGCCAAGGCCCAGGCUGUCCAGCCCCAGUGCAUCAUCGAUUCGAUGACCACCGGCGUCAUGACCCGGCUGCAGCGGGAGCAGCAGCAGAAGAGCGGUGGCCGCUCCUCGGCGGUGGGCGAACGCGAGCGGGCUGAACGGGCGGCGGAACGGGAACGGGUCGCCGAAAAGGCGGCAGCGGACGCGGCCAAGGCGGCGGAAAGUGCCGCCGAGAAGGCCAGCGCCGCGAGCAAGGCGGUGGAGGUGACAGCAGCCGGCGAACGGGUCGCCAAGGCAGCCGCAGCAGCAGCGGCGGCAGCAGCGCAAGUGGCAUCUGGUGGCAGUGCCAGCUCGGCCUCGACCACCGCCACCCCGGCCACCGGAUCAACCGACAAGACCGAAGCGGACAAGGCGGGAGCGGGUGCCGGAGCAGCAUCCUCCUCGCCGGCCACGGCAGCCGCCACAACCUCAGAGAUCUCAGCCGGCAGCGGGGAUUCGUCAAAGGCUCAGAAACCGGACGAGGAAGCGGGCGGAGCCGCCACAGGAACGGCGGCAGCUAGUGAAGCAUCCACCGGCAAAGGGGACACCACCAGCAUGGCCGAGACCGCAUCCGCCAAGGGCGUGGCCAAGGAGCUCGAAGCCAAUGAUGCGCUGGCCAAGAAGACCCAUCCCGAGAACCACAAUGCCACUGGCAGUAGUGCCACACCUGGAGCUGGAGCGGCACAGGGCGUGACCCUGAAUGGAUUCAAGCCUGGCUACCAUCACUCGGUGGUAAUGGCCAACGUGAAGGUGCCGCCAGGCAGCGAGGAAUCCCAAGGAGCAGCCGCCUCCACGGGCGACAAGAUCCUGAAGACGACGGCCGGCCCCAUAGCGGGUGAGGGAGCACCCGCCAGUGGUCCCGGAGUGGCCGGAGGAGUACCCACUCUCACCACCGCCACCACGGCGGGCAACUAUCUGGGCCAGAAGCUGAAGGCCGCCCAGGUGGAGGGCAUGGGAGCUGGCAAUGACCUGCAUUCGGAUGUUAGUGACUCCAAACGUAAGCGGUUCGAACUGAAUCCUGGAGAAUCGGGUGCACUGGGCAGUGCCACCAACAAUGCCACGGCCGGCCCGGCCACCAACAGCAACAGCCUGAAGGCGAAUGUCAAGGAUGCGACCAAGUCGUCCUCCUCAGCGUCAGCCACCGCAUCCGCCGCCAUCACCGCCCCGGUAUCCGCAUCCUCGGCCGCGUCCUCGGCUCCUAUGCUGCUGAUUAGCGCCGCCUCCAUCAUGUCCACCGGCGUGAUGACAUCCGGAACGAACACGGCCACGGCCACGGCGAUAUCGAUGCCCCUGCUGGCGGACGGAGGUGCCGGCAGCCUCAACUCCAUGGCCAACUCCUCGGAGGCUCUAGCCCUGGAUGGAAAAGAUAAAUUGGCGAGCUGCUUUGUGUGCAAGGCGGAGGCCUGCAACCGUACCCGCCCCCUGAAGAAGGGGCGUGGCCAGCAGUACGGCAUACCGGACGAGACGAUUCCGGCGGGAGCGCGGGUGUGCAACCCCUGCCAGUGCAAGUCGGUGCGGAGUCGGUAUCCGCACUGUCCGCUGCCCACGUGCCCGAAUCCCAAGGAUCGGGCCCAGCGGCUGAGGAAUAUACCGUCGCGCCUGUUCGAGCUGGCGCCGGAGGUGAGGGACCCGGUGAUGGCCGAGUUCCAGAUACCGCCGCACGCCACGCGCUGCUGUUCCGCCUGUCUGAUGCGCAUCCGCCGGAAACUGGAUCCGCAACUGAAUCUCAACGAUGCCGCCAUGUUGGGCGGGCCCGGCGGCGGAGCCGGUGGCAGUGGUGGCCUCGGCGCCGGCAGCGGCAGUGGCGGCGAUGAAACGGAUGUCAGUACGUCCUCCUGCGAUGAACGGGAACCGGGCGGCUCCGAUACAGCAUCCGUGGACAGCCCCGAGAACUUGCAGCGUCACAAAUCCUUGACUUUGGUGAAGCAACAACAACAACAGCAGCAGCAACAACAACAGCAACACUUGCAGCAGCAGCAGCAACAACAACAACAGCAGCAACAUCAGCAACAACAACAACAACAGCAACCGUUGUCGCAACCUCAGCCACCACCGCCGGCGCCGCAGCAGAAAUCAUCGUCGGGUGCGGCCUCGGCCACGCCCCUGAUCAUAACGCCCACCCGGAAGGCGACCGGAUCGGACAACGAGCGCCUGCUGCCGCCCGCCGCCGGCCAGGCGCCCAAGAAGCAGAAGACCAGCGAGGAGUACGACUCGUCGGCCACCGAGACGGCGGACGAGGAGAACGAGAACUCGCCGGCGAACCGGCAGAGUCCCAAGGUCCUGUUCCCCAGCAGCGGUGGCGCCGGGGCCGGUGGCCAUGCCAACAAUGUGGCUGGCCUGCAGCCGCCCGUGGUGGUGCCGCUGGGCGCGGGAGGACAGCCGGGACAGCAGGCCAACGGACCGAUGGGUAUGCGUCGCGAGGCGGUGAACAAUGUCCAGGAUUGUGUCUACUCGGUGAUCGAGAGAUCCCUGAAGCACAAAGCACCCCAGCCCAAGGGAGGAUCUGGCCAAGGACAGGGACAGGGACAACAGCAGCAGCAGCAGCAGCAGGGAUCCGGAGGACAGCCCGUCCAAAGCCAGUCCCCGUCCCAGCAGCAACAGCAACAAUCGGCCAACAACCUGGAACGGAAGGAACUGACCAUUGUCCGGGAGUACCGACAGGAUCCGUCGGGUAUAUUGAAGCAGCAGGGCGGCGGAGUAAGUGCAUCGCCCACUUCCCAGGCGGGCAGCUUGCCGCACGGCACCUCCGUGCAGAAGCUGGGCAGCAGCCGCUCCGGCCCGCCGCCUACCAGCGGCAGCAACAACGGCACCACCAGCGACUCCAGCCUGGCCACCCUGUCGGUGGUUAAUCCCCACCUGGGCGUGGGCCUCGCCCAUCCCAGCCUGAUGGGUCACGGCGGGGUGGACAAGGCCACCAUAACGCCGGUGGUGAAGGGCGGCUCGGGCGCCAGCAAAGGUGGCACCACGCCGACCCCGCCGGAAACCAUCAUCUACAACGUCCCGGCGGCUCAUCCGCGCUCGGUGCACGGCGCCCACCCGUCGCAGCAUCUGCAGCAUGCCCCCCACCCGGUGGUGCAUCAUCCGGUGCAGCAGCAGCAGCAGCAACAAGUGCAGCAACAGGUGCAGCAGCAGCAGAUGCUCCAAGUGCCGGAGCCGGAGCCGCAAACCCUGGACUUGAGCAUCAAGAAGCCACCCCGGGACGGGCAUUCGCCGCAUACGGGUCCGGGUGGUGGCGGCUCCUCGUCGAUCGCCUCGUCCGUCUCCUCGGACCGCCACCAUGUGGCGCCACCGACCAUGUCCAGUGCCAUGAAGCACAUCGUCCGCUCCACGGGCAUGUAUCGCGGCGAAGUUCCGCCCCCCAACUCGUAUCUGUAUCCCCAGCCGCCGCCCCAUGGCGUCCUGAAGGCCACCGGCGGUGUGGGCGUGGUCCCGGGAGUGGGAGUGGUGCCGGGUGUGCCCGGCGGAUCACUCUACGUGCAGCCGGGGCCAGUGCCCAUCUCGAUAUCCGGACAAGGGCAGCUGCCACCGCGGGCCGGGCAACCGCCGCCGGCACAGCCGCCUCCGGGCCGGGGCGGAGUGGGUGUGAAGGGAGCACCGCCGAAGCUGAGUCCCCAGCAGGCCCACCAUCCCAUGCAUCCCUCGCAGCAGCAGCAGCAGGCCCAGCAGCAGGCGCAGCAGCAACAGGCCGCAGCAGCGGCAGCCGCCGUGGCCAAUGCCCAGCUGCUGGCCAAGAGUGGCUCCAUCACCCACGGCACCCCGGCGAACAGUGCCCAGCAGCAGAUCAUAGUCCAUGCGGCAGCAGUGGCCGCCGCAGCAGCCGCCUCCACGCCCUCCAUGCUGAGCCCCAAGUUCGAGGGGCUCGUCCAGCGCCAGACAACGCCGGACGGUGGCCCGGGAUCGGGCGGCUCCGGCGGCGGCAGUGGCAGCAACAAGCACGGCUCCAUCACCCAGGGCACGCCCCUCCACAUGCCGCCCCACCACCUGGAGAGCAAGCGGGCCUACGAGUUCUACAAGAGCUCCUCGCGUCACAGUCCCGCCCAGCAGCCGGGCUCCCAGCAGCAGCAGCAGCAGCAACAGGUCCUGCCGCCGCCGCCGCAGCAGUCCUCGCCGCAGGCACCGCCCCCGCAGGGCUAUGGCGUGGGCGUGGGCUCCCCCUACGCCCGCUCGCCGUUCGGCGGAGUCGUGGAACAGCCACCGGUGCUGAGCACGCGCCAGAUUGUGAUGAACGACUACAUCACCUCGCAGCAGAUGCAGGGCCAGCAGCAGCAACAGCAGCAGCAGCGCAACAUGUCGCGCGGCAGCAGCGCCAGCGGCGGAGGUGGCGGCGGCUCCGACAAGGAGUCGCCCUCGCCCCGCAACAGUGUGGGCAGUGCCGGCGGCUUCGGGGGCUAUGGCGACAAGGAUCCAGCAGGUCCCAGGGGCCGGCCAGAGUACUCGAGUCGCGCCUCCCCAGCCGACCACGCCAACAGCACUCCCAGUCCACAUCGUACGCCACCGCCACAGCGCCAGGGCGUCAUCCAGCGGCACAACACCGGCUCCAAGCCGCCAUCGCCAGCAGCUCCGCCCCCAAGCCGGAUGCACAUUGUGACUCCCUACCAGUAUACUCAAGCCGGCCACGAUGCCUUGGCCUCGUUUGUGGACGUGGCGGUGCAGCAGCCCCAGCUGCCAGUGCCCUCCCAGAAGGACGACAAGUCGCCGGGAUCGGCUCAGGGCCCGGGACCGGGUCCGGGGCCAGGUCCUUCGCCGGGCGGACCUUCGGCUCCGCCACCGCCACACGCUCUGGUGGGUGUGGGGCAGCCACCGCCACCCCCGGCCGCUCACCACGAGCUGUCCCGGUACCGGGAUCUGGCCAUGCAACAGCACAUGGCCGCCGUGGUCCACCAGCAGCAGCUGGCGGUCCAGGCCCAGCACCAGCAGUACCGCCACCACCUGAGCGCCGCCCACGUCGACCUGCAGCGGCGCAUGGAGCAGGCCAAGCGCGACCAGCGCCAGCAACAGCAGCAGCACAACCACGCCCUGGAGCAGCGCGACCGCGAGAUCCUCCAGAGCCAGGAACGGAUGCAGCGGGAGCGGGAGCGGGAGCGGGAGCGGGAGCGCGAACGAGAGCGCGAUCAACAGCGUGAGCGGGAGAGAGAACAACGCGAACGCGAGCGGGAAAGAGAGCGCGAGCGCGAGCGCCGGGAGCAGGAUCGGGAGCGGCGGGUGGUGGCCGAGGAGCGGGAGCGCGACAGCCGGCGCAUGGAGCGCAUGUUCGGCGGCGGCGUGGUCACAGCAGCCGGAGCAGGCGGCGGAGGACCACCGCCCGGACACUACAUACGCGCCGCGGUCCCCGAGCCGGGUCCACCACGGUCCAUGCCCGACCGGGAGAGAGACUAUUACCGUGCCGCCCACGGCGGUCCCCCGGCGGAGGAUGCGCCUGGCCAGCUGAGUGCCCAGAGCCUGAUAGACGCCAUCAUCAAGCACGAGAUCAACCGGACGAACGACACCACCGGAGCGACGGUUCGCUCCGAGUUUCCACGCCCCUCGCCGGCAUUCGCCAGCCACGCUCCGCCGCCGCCGCCCCGCUCGUCGGCCGGGCCCGGGGUGCCCGGUGGCGCCGGCACCCGAUCCUCGCCGGGCAAUGUCCUGCAUCCGCUCUUCUUGCGCGAUCACCGGCAGGCCCACGAGGCCGGCGCAGUGUCCCUGCUGACGGCGGAGAACAACGGCAAGCCCAGCUCGUCCAGCUCACCCAACGUGAUCAACAUCGAUCUGGACCAGGAGCGCAUCUCGGCGGCGGCGGCUGCAGCAGCGGCAGCAGUGGCCCAUCAGCAGCAGGGCGCUCCGCCGUCCUCCGGCCCGGGCGGACAGUCGCGCUCCGUGCACGGACACGUGCGCACGCCGACCUCCCAGGCGGGUGGUGGGGGCGCCGGUGGAGCACCACCUGGCUCCCAGCAGAUACACACCAAGAGCAUCACCUUCGGGGAGCUCACCGACUCGAUAAUCACCAACGACUACGGCACCAGUCCGCACCUGCGACCGACACCCCCAUUCAUGACCUACAUGCAGGAGCCGCAGCCGAUCCUCCUCGACCGCUGGAAGCCGAACCGCCGCAUGCAGCACAAGGCCGAGGAUGGCAAGCAGCAGCAGCAGCAGCAUCCGGGCGGCAAUCCGCCGGGCGGUAAUCCGAGCGGCGGCUCAGCUGGCGGAUCGAGCGGCGGACGCGCCAAUACCCCCGGAGAGGAUGGCCGGAACAUCAUACGGAUGCCCCAGGCAGUCAGUCCUCGGAAGUACACCCACGAGCUGAUGUUGCAUCAGGUGCUGGCGGCCACGGCUGCGGCGCCCGGACACUACUUCCCGCCGGCACCGCCCGGCUCGGUGGUGGGACGUGUCGGAGCGCCCAUGCCGCCGGACCAGCGUGGCGGACCUGGUGGCGGUGCUGGACCGCCGGGCAGCGGAGGUGAAGGCCCACCCGGCGGAGGACCCGGCGGCGGGGCAGGCGGCGGAGGUGGCGGUGGAUCCACCAACAUCGAUAACUAUGUCAAGAACCGGAUAGCCGAGGUGAUGCGCGACGACAUCUGCUACGCCAAGACCCGGAUUGUGGAAGUCCGGUCCGAGGACGAGGUGACCGCCGAUAUGGUGGCCGCCGCAGCCGCCCACCAAACGCACGCCUCGGCGAUGCACGCCGCUCAUGCCGCCCAUGUGGCGCACGCAGCCCAUGCCGCACACGCCGCCGCCUUGGAGCAACAGCAUCGCAGCAAGGCGGAGCCGCCACCGCCGGAGAUCAGUGUCUCCCGGAAGACGCCCAAUCAGUACGAGGUGGUGGACGCCAGCGGCCGGCGUUCGGCCGGAGGAAGUAGUGCCGGCAGUGGCGGAUCCGUGUCCGUGUCCGUUUCGGGGGCCAAUAGCCACCAUUCGCCGUACCAUCCACCACCCACGGCCUAUGCCCCCAACACCUACGCCUUCCCGUACAGUGCUCUGACGGUGCCGAGUGCCGCCGGCGGUCUGCCGCCCCCGCAGCCCCUGCAACUGGCCGCCCACCAGGUGGUGGCGCCGCCCGGGCACAUCAGCAAGGCGGCCAAGGCGGCCCUGGCCCUGAGCGAACUGGGCGCAGCCGGCGGUGGCGUCUCCCUGGUAGUGGGUGGUGGAGCUGGCGGUGGUGGCGGACCUCCUGGCGGCGGGCCGGGCGGUAUACCGGGCGGCGGCAGUGGCGCUGGAGGUCCUUCGGGUGGCGGCGGUGGUCCCGGAGGACCCGGUGGUGUCGUCAAUCCCGUAUCGGUGGCAUCGGUGGCAGCCGCUUCCGCAGCCACAGCGGCCGCAGUGACAGCCGUGUCGGCGGCCAGUGAACCGAAGCCUCUGCUGUCCUCCAAGUACGAGGCCCUCAGCGACGAGGAUUAGUU